AUGCAAAGCAGCAAAGCCAUUGUCAGUUCUAGGUUCCAUAUUCCCAUUCCGUGUACCAAUUUGGCAGAAUAUAUUUUCGACUCGGAACCAAAAAAUGAUUACUGGAGCCCCGAAGAUCCCCUCUUGUUGUCGGCGGAUGACCCAAGCUUCCCCGGCUAUACGUUCGACCAGAUGAAGACCUUAACAAAGGCUCUAGCAUGUGGGAUGCAGGAGAGCGAAGGCAAACAGGUUGUCCUAUAUGGCUACUGGAACUACAACUUCUAUAUCGCGCUACUGGGCUGCUUGGGAGCUGGAGCAGUCUGUUACAACUCUCCGCCUAUCCACAUGGGCGGGUCGGUAUCUAGACUUGAAUCUCUGAAGCCGGAGUAUCUGUUUGUUGGCCCAGAAAGUUUGGAGGAUAUCCCCGAUAUUCUGUCACAGAUGGCUCAUACCCCACGAUAUGAGCAUUGGAGCUCUCGGCUCGACUUCAACGAUGAGUUUUCGUGGCCAAAACUAUGUGACCAGCGUCUAAAGGCAGCACCAGCAUUGGUCUUGACUACGUCAGGGACUACUGGCAAUCCUAAAUUAGCAGAACGAUCACAUUAUGGCCUCAUUGGAAACGCGGAGCAGUUGCUCUAUCGCUAUAACCUGAAAAAAAGAGAGAAAGAGAUUUGGCUCUGCAACUUCUUUCAGUAUGGUAUCGGGUUCCUUUUGUACGGAAUUCUCGCCCCUCUCAAGGCCAGGUAUGGGACAAUUUUCAUGAGAGGGUUUUCCGUGGAAAGGUAUGCCAAGGCAGUUGAACAGUUGAGGCCCACAUCCUUGCAUUCACCGAAGCACAUCCUGCAAGAGUUACUUGCUCACACGAACGGCGCCGACUUCUCCAGUGUGAGAAGUAUGCGAACUGGGGGUGCUUAUAUUCCAUACGCCAUGUGUGAUGCUUGGGAAAAGCUACAUGGGUCUCCCUGUGAGGUUGUCUGUGGCAUGACCGAGGGCGGAAUUCAUUUUGCAUCUGAUCCAACUGUGCUGGAAACUGAUGAAACAAUUGGAGAACUUCUGCCCAACCUUGAAGCAAAAGUGGUUGACAACCAAGGUAGGGUUUUAGCAAAAAAUGAGACUGGGGAAAUCUAUAUCAAAAACCCCUUUUUCAUGAGGAGAUACCGGAACAACCCAGAAGAAACGAAGGAAGUUUUCAGCGAUGAUGGAUGGAUCAAAACAGGCGACUUAGGGAAGGUGAAUGAAAAGAACAGAUGGUAUAUUUGCGGGCGAAAGAAGGACCUUUUCAAAGUGAACGGCGGACACAUCUCAGCAAUAUUAAUUGAACAGGCUAUCUCAGUCCAUCCGGAAAUCCUGGAAGUUGUGGUUGUCCCCGUCGCGCUUCCGAAUGAAGGCGAAUUCCUGCCACGUGCCUACAUUGUCGCGGAGCGUAAUUCCUCGCUUACACCAGAUCUUUUCUUGGAGUGGAUGGAAAGGGAAAUACCCUCUGAAAUGUAUACACGAGCUGGCGUGGAGUUCGUGGACGCUCUCCCCAUCUCUGUGGUAAGUAUUCCCUAUCAGUGCCAGAUGAUUUAUUAA